UGAUGCAAAUCACCCAAACAACUGUACCGUGCUGUUGAGGCACUUUGAUCAGGAUUGAAGGGACCAGUCCGAUAAGCGUGGAGUUGACUCCACCUGCUCUGGGAUGUCGCGCCGUCUUCGAUGCAGCGCGUAAGCUUCAAUGCUGAGUUCAAUGAAGUUUUGCCACAUGGUCUGGCUCUGAUGUGUGAGGCCACAGUUCACGACGCGACGGGUAAGGCUACCAAGCAGUCGAGUGAGUCAUCCAUUCUCAAGGGGGCCGUAAGUGCAGCACGGUGGGUGACACCGUUAACAACAAUCGGCAUUGUGAACGAUAUCGAUGAGCGAAUGAGAUGAGUCACAAUUCCGGGACCGAUAAAUAAACUCAUGCCAGAAUGUUGGGAGGAGGCAAUCAGUACGCUCGUCUGAAGACGAAUCUGCGCUUAGCACUGAAUCGUCUGAAGCUGUUGGAAAAGAAAAAGAGUGAACUGGCACAAAAAGCGCGACGCGAAAUCGCUGAAUAUCUGGCAUCAGGCAAGGAAGAGCGAGCUCGCAUUCGAGUCGAACACAUAAUACGGGAAGACUACCUUGUGGAGGCAAUGGAAAUGCUGGAAAUGUACUGCGAUCUACUCUUAGCGCGCUUCGGAUUGCUGGAACAAAUGAAGACUAUGGAUGAAGGAUUGGAAGAAGCUAUAACCAGCAUUAUUUGGGCAACCCCGCGUUUGCAAUCCGAUAUUGCGGAAUUAAAAGUCAUCACCGAGCAGUUGACCGCUAAGUUCGGCAAGCAGUACGUGCAAGCCGUGAAGGAGAACCAGUUUAACACCGUUAACGACAAACUCAUCCGUAAGCUGAGUGUGCAAGCUCCCAAACGGUUGCUAGUCGAGCAGUAUUUGAUUGAAAUCGCGAAAAGCCACAAAGUUCCCUAUGAACCGGAUCCGCGUGUGAUGUCCGAGGAGGCCGGACAUGAUGCUCUGCUGGACUUCGCAGCAGCAGACAGCAUCGCGGGCAGUGUCAACCGGCGUCCACCCGGAGCGGGCAGUGGCGGAGCCGGAAGCGGAGGUGGAUUCGGUGCAGCAGUCGGCAGCGGAAGUCUGCCGUCGCAGAGUUUGCAUGUUGAACCGCCGCCGCCGAUGUAUCCACAAACACAGUCGUUCCGCGAUUAUGAGAACAACAAUCCUCUGGAUGCUUCGAGUUCCAUGGAGCGCUUUUUGCGAAAGGAUUUCGAAGCCAAUGAAAAUCAUAAUGUUGACGAACCUACCACUCCCACCGCUCCGCCGCCUGCAUACGAAAGCCCACGUGAUCCCGGGAAACCGGUACCACAACCUCGAAUGCAUAUGGCGCCGGUGAAUCCUCCAGCGCCACCGUCGAUCAGCGAUCUUCCUGAAUUACCUUCUGUGCCGCAUGAUGAUGACGAAUCACCACAAGGAAAGGAUGACGAUCAUCAUAGUAACCUUGAUUUCGAAGAUUUAAAUAGACGUUUCGAAAAUUUGAAAAAGAAGAAGUAAAUCGAAUGACGUGGUGGCUCUCAGCAUUUGCAUUGCUUUUCCCAUUGAUUUCCAGACUGUUUCACCUGGAUUUAUGAAUUACUGUUAAAUUUUUUAAGCUUGAAUGGCCUGUAUGCAUACUGUAGCCUAUCCAAUCAAUUUGUUGCAUUAAUUUCACUGAUUUUGAUUUUUUGCUGCACUGUUCGGUUUGUUUAUGUUUUACUGAUAGGUGAAUUACUUAAUUAGGCAAUUGAUUUUUAGAUUGUAUUUUGUUCAGUUAUGAUUUUAUUAUAUGUAUAUUGUAUUAACAACACGCUGAGUAUUAUGU